CAAUCUACUGAAUGUUGUUUCAAUAUUUGUUAUGGCUACGUGAAAUAGUCGAUUGAAAAAAAAAAUAAUUAAAUCAAUGACCCAGGGAUCAAAAAGUAUGGUAAUCAUGUGAUCGCUAGUUUUACAUACUCACUUCGUUGUAGUCUUUAAAAUAAUGAUCAGUUUCCAUUUUGAUAGACGGUAUAACGUACCUUUCGCCGACGAGUGCACAAACGGGAGAGAGAAAGAAAGAGAUUCGUUUAAAAAUUAGUUCGUUUAAAAGUUUCAAAGCACCGACCGAUCGACAUGCAUUUCUUCUGUAUUACGAAGUUUGGAAACACAUAACUCAAUAACACAGGCUUGCCGUGUCUGAUCCACGUCUCCACCAAUUGAAAUCCAACUUUUUGGAUUCCAAGACAGCCGAGGACUUGGAUAAUAUCAUUUACGAGUCGAGCGUCCAGAGAUCACGAGAAAGAUGGAUAAGAAUGAUAAUACCUUCGAUUCGCAUAAAAAGCAUUCCGCUCUUUACUGCGAUGCCUAUAAGAGAUCUUUGGAGAAUCCCGAAGAAUUUUGGGCAGAGGUAGGAAAAUUGAUUAAUUGGUUUAAGCCAUGGACCAAGGUCCUCGACAAUUCAAACGAGCCCUUUACCAAAUGGUUCGUCGGAGGAGAGUUGAAUGCCUGCUACAAUGCUGUCGAUCGUCACGUUGAGGCUGGUAACGGUGAAAAAACAGCCAUCAUUUAUGACAGUCCACAAACUUCGAUUAUCAGAAAAGUGACCUACAAUGAGCUGUUGGAAAAGACCUCGUUGCUGGCCGGCGCUUUAGCUGAUAUUGGAGUUGGUAAAGGCGAUAAAGUUGUCAUCUACAUGCCACUUAUACCCGAGACUGUAAUCACCAUUUUAGCCAUUGCCAGGCUCGGAGCUAUUCACUCGGUUGUUUUCGGAGGAUUCGCUGCAAAUGAGCUGGCCAAUAGGAUAGAUCACGCGGAACCAAAGGUGAUCGUCAUUGCCAGCUGCGGCCUGGAGCCUAACAAAAUUAUUACAUAUACCACGGCGCUGAACGAUGCCUUGAAAUUAAUAUCCGUGAAGACACCAAAAUGCAUUAUCUUUCAAAGGAACAAUAUCUGGGCCAGUUCGCUCCUUCCUGGUCAGUACGAUUGGGAGGAAAUUUUGAGUAAAGCCAAAGCCCAUCCUUGCGUUCCGGUCGAGGCUAACGAUCCUUUGUACAUAUUAUACACAUCAGGAACGACAGGUCGUCCAAAGGGAAUUCUAAGACCAGUCGGUGGUCACUUGGCAACUCUUAGCUGGUCAAUGAAGACCAUUUACGGGAUGAACAAAAAUUCGGUUUGGUGGAGUGCCUCGGACAUGGGCUGGGUUGUCGGACAUUCUUACAUUUGUUACGGUCCUUUAGUCUACGGUGCAACGAGUGUGAUGUAUGAAGGAAAACCCGAUAGAACACCCGACGCUAGUCAAUACUUUAGAAUAAUAGAUCAGCAUAAAGUAAAUGCUCUAUUCUGCGUACCAACGGCACUGCGAGUUUUGAAACGUGCUGAUCCUGAUUGUCUCCUAGGUAGAAAAUACUCUGUAAAAUCGUUGCAGACGAUAUUCGUGGCCGGGGAAUAUUGCGAUUACGAAACAAAAUCGUGGGUGGAAAGUAUAUUCAAUGUGCCUGUAAUAAAUCAUUGGUGGCAAUCGGAAACAGGACAUCCAAUAACCGCGUUGUGUCUUGGAUACGGAAUGGAUUGCUCUUUGCCAAAGUUCAGCACAGGUUUACCGGUUCCUGGCUACCGCAUCGAGAUACUCGACAAAGAUGGGAACAAUGCGGCGGUACGCGAGCUCGGUAGAAUCGUUAUAAAGCUACCUCUGCCACCUGGUUGCAUCUCUACCCUCUAUCUCGCCGACGAGAGAUUCAACGAGAUUUAUUUCUCGACUUAUCCGGGAUAUUACGAUACGAUGGAUGCUGGUUAUAUGGAUGAAUGCGGCUAUGUUUAUGUAACUGCUCGCGACGAUGACAUCAUCAACGUUGCCGGACAUCGUUUAUCGACGUUUGCUCUGGAAGAUAUUGUUUUAGCGCAUCCUGACGUCGCUGACGCCGCAGUCGUUGGCGUUCUCGAUCGUACUAAAGGCGAGAUCCCACUUUGCCUUUACGUCAAGCAUCAAGGAACGACCAAUAAGAACGAAGACAUCAACCAGGAACUGAUCGCGAACGUUAGACAACUAAUUGGUCCUAUCGCAUCGUUUAGGAUCGUUGGUUCCGUCAAUGCUUUGCCUAAAACACGUUCUGGGAAAAUUAUGCGUAAAGCCAUUGCCAAAUUGGCAAAUUCUGAACAAGUUAAGAUACCUAGUACGGUCGAAGAUCCUUUAGUGUUUCGUGAAAUAAAAGCGGUCCUUCAAAAAUUGGGCUACGCCGAACAAGCGCCGGAUCCGGAAUGAUACUACGAUCCUCGAUACUGUUUCUAGACCUUUGCUUAUCCUUCCGUUGUACCUUUUUCUCAAUUAUUUAUCAAUUCUCAGAUUUACAUACGUAGAUCGAGUGCUCUUGUUGUUACUUAUGAUAUUUUCUUAUAGCCUCGAUUCUUCUAAUUUAACCUUGGAUCGAAAGCUGUUACGUGUACAUUCCAUGGAAAGGAAGAAAGAAAUAAUUUGUAUGAAUCGAUGUCUGUUGAUAAGAGGAAUAUUAUUUAUUUAAUCGAA